AAUGCUAAGUUAACACUAUUUCUUUUUUUGUUUUUGUUUCUAAAGAAGGCGUGUUGCAAUUAUGGGAUGUCUUGUAGCCACGCCCCUUUCAAAUACAUACCGCGUCACCACCUCAUUCCCCUGCUUCUUGUCUUGUGUCCCUGUCCUUGAGCACUACUGAGUAAAAGAAAACAUAACAGGGGAGUCUAAUUUUUUUCGUCCAGUCUGGCAGGAGUGAAGACAGUGGCUUCUCUUAACCAGGAGCGAUCAUGAUGUCCUACCUGAAACCAGCACCGUACGCAGUGAACGGACUCAGUCUGGCUACUACUGCCAUGGAGCUGCUGCAUCCAACUGUAGGCUAUCCAGGAACCCCCCGGAAACAGAGACGUGAGCGGACGACGUUCACCCGCGCGCAGCUCGAUGUGCUCGAGACGCUGUUCGCCAAGACGCGCUACCCGGACAUCUUUAUGCGCGAAGAAGUGGCAAUGAAAAUUAACCUUCCUGAAUCUCGGGUACAGGUGUGGUUCAAAAAUCGAAGAGCGAAAUGUCGUCAGCAGCAGCAGCAAUCCCAGAGCACCACGCAGAGCAAAACCCGACCUGUCAGUAAAAAGGCAUCUCCAGCCAGAGAGGUAAACCCAGAGAGCAGCAGCAGCAGUGGCACCUUCAGCAGCACAUCCAGCUCCUCGUUGCCGGGCGUGUCAACCAGCACAGCCCCGGUGUCCAUCUGGAGUCCGGCCUCAAUUUCUCCGAUCUCAGAGCAGCUCCCUUCUGUUUCCUCCUCUUCCUCCUCCUCUUCAUCUUUAUCCUGUAUGCAGCGCUCUUACCCGGUCACCUACACGCAGGCGCCCGGAUACAGUCAGCACUACGCGGGCACAGCGUCCUACUUUAGCGGGAUGGACUGUAGCUCCUACCUCGGACCUGUGCAUCACCAGCUGAGUGGCCCCGCAUCCACCUUGAAUCCGACAAGCUCCAGUACGGUCAGCAAUCACCUAAGUCCAUCAUGUUCACUCACACCUCAGGGCUACGUCACUUCCGGUCUCGGGAUCAGCGCACCCACUGACUGCUUAGACUACAAAGACCAAAGCGCUUCUUGGAAGCUCAACUUUAAUUCCGACUGCUUGGAUUACAAAGAUCAAACAUCUUCUUGGAAAUUUCAAGUUUUUUAAUAACAUCAAAAUGACCAGAAAUGUUAAAUAACCGAAUUUAUUCAAUUGUGUGAAUUUCUAUAAAUCUCCUUUCCAAAACAUUGCAAAUGAAAGAAUGAAUGCCAAGUUUGUCACAUUGUUAACUCAGGCUAUUAAAUUAUAUUUUUAUUAAGACAGAAAUUGUAAAAUAUGGCCACCAAUGAAAUGUAUGGGUUAAACCUCAUCGUUCAAAAAUCUCUAGCAAUCUAAAGUCGAUAUUUUUUAUUACUGUUAUGCACUAUUAUAUUUAUGACAAUAAUUUUAAAAGCUUGUUUUUGCUGUAGAAGACAAUCAGUGUAUAUUAACUUUAUUGUGCCCGUUUGUUUUCAUUUGUAGCCAGACUCUUUUUGAAACUGUGAAGUGUGGUAGAUUAUUUGAGGUAUCCUCUGUGCUGGAACACUAUGCUGUAUGUUUUGAUAGACUAGUUGUUGGUUUUCCUAAGUUGUUGUUAAUGACGCUAAAUUAUUCAUGGGUUUGUUUUUGAUAUAUAUUAAAACAUUUCUAAUUUGAA